AUGCAGUUCGAAAAGAUCCGCGUUUUCCACGGCCGUGAUUGUGCGUGCCUUGUUGAGAUCGCUGCAACUUCCACACCUAAUCUUUGCCGUGAAAGUUUUGGCAAGAUUGAUAUCUCGACAACCUCUUCGGUGGAUUUGGAGCUGACGGCCCAAGAGAAGCAUGGCGAGCGCUCGUUUGUCCCUCCCUCCAUCACGAGCUUCUCCUCUGCCAUCUGCCACUAUCGACGAGGAUUCGAGCUCCUCGAGUACGGCGCCCGAAAAAAGGGCACGGACACAGAGUGGUCUGACAUUGAUGUCGUCGUCGUGGGCAGCUCGGAGGAACGGGAGACACUGCAGCGGUUCCGGAACCUCGUGUUCAACAAGGAAGCGGAGCUCUUGCAACAACUCGGCAUCAGGCAAGUCAUCAUCAACGACGAGAAGCUGACUGCGCGCGUCCCUACGCUAAAGUUCAGUCUGACUACCAACCUUCACGCCGCGCUGCACGUGUGUGUCCUGCCGGCCCUCGCCGCCUCGAUCGACCUGCGCUCGUUUCACAUAGAGGUCUUGGUGCUAUGCUUUCUGCUUGAUAGCAGGGUAUGGCCGCGGAAGGCCUAUUCCGGAGAGAACGCAAGGGCACAACUGCUGCUCGACCUGGUCGAGUUCUACGCGACCAGGUUCCGGCCCAGAGAGCAUUACAUUCACCAUGAGCGGGGGACAACCAAGAUGUACUUCGUUCAACGGCAGGAGGGUCGCAUGGGUGAUCUGGUUAUGAGCAGCUUGCUGCCCGCGAGCGAUGCGGAAGGUGACGCAUUCUACGAUAGUCCCCGGGAUGGCGGCUGGGAACAGGUGAUCAAACCGUUCUUUCAGACGAUCUCUGACGGGAUUCGGAAUCAAAGCUGGUCCCCGGAACUUGAAGAGCUACUUGGUGUCGGCAGGCCCACGCGCUCAGAGCGGUUCCGGAACCGGCUUGGAGGAAAAGGAUAG